AUGUCCAAGGCCCUCACCGAGAACGACGCUGGGAUGGCUAACUCUGUGCAGUCUGCGGAGGUCACGCCAGAGGCUCUGAGGAUCUAUUAUGAAAGGCUCUUCCCCUCUCGAGACUUCUGCAGAUGGCUUUCUUAUCGGGAGGAUGGGCCGGGCGGUAAAGUGGCUGCUGAUAAGGGGGGUUUUUUGUUCCGGCGGGAGUUCUCCUUCACACUGCCUGGGGAUAUCUACUGCCGAUAUCUGUCAUUCCAUGGUCAACAUGAUUUCAGGAAGGCCUUACUAGAUCGAGUGCCGGAUAAAAUUGACAUUGGUGCGGUAUUCAAUAUUCCGCCCACCCAUUACCAGCAGUUUGGCCUCACUGGCGGCAGUGGUGGAGGGUUCCAACCUCAGCAGAGGGAGUUGGUGUUUGAUAUUGAUAUGGAUGAUUACGAUGACGUUCGAAACUGUUGCAAAGGUUCUAGUAUAUGCAAGCUAUGCUGGACAUUCAUUGCCUGCGCUGUGAAGAUAUUGAACAGAGCUCUUAGAGACGACUUUGGCUUCAAGCAUAUCCUGUUCGUAUUCAGCGGCCGAAGAGGCGUUCAUUGUUGGGUGUGUGAUGAGACAGCGAGGAAGCUUAGCAAUGAGCAGAGGUCGGCAGUAGCGGAGUAUCUUCAAUUGUUGAACGGUGGAAGGUGUAAGCACAUCCGAUCCUCUGCUCAACAGCGGCAUCCUCAUGUGAGGAGAGGUAUUGACAUAUGUCGGAAAUAUCUACUAAUGCCCGAGUGCGGCCUGCUUGAGGGUCAGAGGCUCUUAGACGCCCCGAUGGUCGAGGGCGGAGAUAAGAAUUUACUACAGAAAGUGGUGAAUACGGUGAUACCAGCGACUGAUCCGGUUGGCAGAGGGGAGGCUAAGAGCUUUCUGUCGUCUAAGAGGAGUAGUCGGGAGGUGUGGCAGUGGUUAACUGCUCGAUGUUCGAACUCGGUUCUACUGGACGAGAUCGUGCUCGAGAUGGCGUAUCCAAGAUUGGAUAUAAACGUAUCUAAACAGAUGAACCAUCUGCUGAAAGCGCCUUUCUGCAUACACCCGAAGACUGGCAGAGUAUGCGUGCCCAUAAUAGACGUUGAAAAGCCGGAGUCGUUCAACCCGGCGAGUGUCCCUACUGUGGCACAGCUCAUCUCGGAAUUGGCGUCGCGGAAGGAGGAUGAUGGAGAGAAGCAGACGUCGUUGGCGAAGUACUUGACAUACUUCAGAAAGUCAGUUGACGAAAUUGAGAGGGACAUACUGGGGGAAAAGAGGGAUGUUGAAAUGGAGUUUUGAUACUACCACUACUAC